UUUUUUUUCUUUUUUUUUUUUUGAACUCUUUACUUGUAAAACUUCAACAUUUUUACAAAAUGAAGGCACUCAAACAUGCAUUGUUCAAUAUGUCAAGGUUUUAUAGACUACAUUCUGCUCUUAAAGGUCUAUUCUAGCUGCAAACAGAUGAUCAUUUCCAUAUCAUACCAUAACGGCAUGAACCUGCACAAUGUGCAGUAAGUGGCAACUUUCGGCCUUUUAAAUAUACACAAGUUUCACAUUCAUCGUUGCUCCAGUACACAUUGUACAAUCUUUCAUGCUUCCCUGAAGCUACUCUAUCAGCAAAACAAUAAAUCUAUAAAAAUCAUGCAAAAUUCACCAAGAGGCGUAUUAAUAGGCUGGACCUCCGUUGCUGCAUGUGCUUUGGGUGCUUAUAUCUUCGGUAAACAAUAUACUCUCAACAAAUUAAGAGACUAUACCAUAGACAAUUCAGUGACAUCUAGUCGAAGAGAUGAAGAGGGAGACCAGAAGCUUAACAAGGAAGGAGAGUUCCGUCGUUCAGUAGACAGACGUCUUUAAUAGUAAAAGCUACGAUAUGAAAAUGCGUCGGAUGUAGUUUUUCUAAUGUAAAGUACCCCACAUGAUAGGGACCUUGAUUGACAGUGAGUCAAAUGUGUGCAGAAUACUGCAGCAUGACUUGGGAUUAUGGAAGAAGAAAUCUAAAAUAAAAUGUUGCAAAUUUGUUUCAAUAGAGCCAACUACUCUUUAUUUUAACAUGCCUACUCGUAAGGCCCCUUUUCUGCUUUCUGUCUUUUGACUUUAGAA